UUGGCGGUGAAAACACUGAGAAUGGAAGGUUUAACUACAACUCCAAGCACGAACACUAGUAAGGUAUUAUUUUUCUGUGGAUCCCAUGUCUUUGGGAAGCAUUUUCAGUGUCUGAAACAUGCAGUCAGGCUCUUAAAGGAGACACAGCUGCUGAAACCGCAUGCGAACAGAGAACGGGCAGCACAUGCAUCUAAUUUACAACGUCUCGGUUUGGAUAAUAGCAUGUCUGGCUGUGAAUACCGCGAGGAAUGAUUCCCAGUGAGACCACAAAUGAACAUCAAAUCAGAAACAAGACUGUUUAUUAGUGGAAAAAUACCAAACCAUUGUAGCUAUUUAUUUUCAUUCAAUAAAAACACAAUGAUGAACAAAUUUAGCAUAACAAUGGGACAAAUAAAUGCCGAAAUCAUAAAGCUAAAAGAUUUUCCUUUAGGUGUUUGACACCAAACAGUAACAAUGCUACGAUCUCUGGAUUGGUAUUGUCUUGAAGAACUGUCACCAUGACAUAAUUUUUCCUUUUCUGUUAGAUUCAAAAGUUAUUUUGCUGUCAGUGAACCAACAGCACAUUUUUUUAAAUAUAUGUUACAGAACUGACCUCUAAAACACACACACACAUAAUCAGCCAGGAGAAGACUGUAUGCUAAAAGAAAAUUCAUGCCUGAAGUGCAUCUGUGUGGGCAGAGUCGCAGGAUGUAAGCAGCAUGCUUUGAGGUAAGUGAGGAGGGGAAAGAGCAAGUGUUUUUAAAGAGGGGAGAGUGGGAGCGACAGAGCACAGAAGUGGGAGGGUGGGAGAUUCGGAGAGAGAGGGAGGACAAGUGGGUGGGUGCUGUAAAAUCCGUUAACGGGGGAGCUCUGUGCAUUUGUUAGACAUCUUGGCUGCCUGCCCAACUUGGCUCAUUGUAAGCGAGGCAUGAUCGUGAACGGGAGGCAGCCCUCUCUGCUGCCUCGGCUGCCCCACUCCCGGACCCAGCCCGGCUCCCACCGCUGACAUGGAAAGACCUACCACCAGCAACAUGAUGCCCAAAAGGGAUCAGGAACGAGAUCUGGAGCUGGACAAGAAGAUUGAGGCUCUCCGCAGGAAGAACGAAGCGCUCAUGAAGAGGUACAAGGAGGUGGAAGAGGACAGGAGAAAGGCAGAAGAGGAGGGAAUGGCGCUGCAGAGCCGAAAAGGAAAAGCCGAUGACCUCACCAUCACGAUCAGCAAGUCCACAGAUGAGAGUCGCGUGGUGGUAACAAAGCCUUUUGGGAGUGGGUCUCCAAUUGGGACAGGACAGCAGGAGGGUGGGGCUGACAGGGUGGGAGAAGGGUCCACUCAGGGGACUGGGCGAGGCUCCAGGAAGCAGCUGACGGUCACAAUGGCUGGAAAAAAGGGUAAAAGGGUGGUGAGUGAGAGGCCAGAGAAGCAACCGGGCCCCUUGGAUGAAGGACAGACGAGGCAAGUGGAGUCAGCUGGGAGAGGAAAGCAGCCGUCUAAGACGACUAAGCGGGAAUCAUCAUCAUCAUCAUCAGCAGCAGCAAAGGAGGAGAUUAAACAGAGGCCGAUGAACGCUGAGGAGCAACACAAGGAUACAGAGCAGCAGAAGGAGCCUGAGAGCCCGCAGCCCAGCACAGACCUCAACAUCCCAACAUCAAGGGAGGAGCAGGAGGAGUAUCUACGGUGGAAGAAGGAACGUGAGCAGAUCGACAGGGAGAGAGUGGCGCGCCACAAAAAUGCAAAGGGGCAGUGGAGACGUGCGUGGGACAUGGACAAAACCGAAAACAUGUUUUCAGACAAAUCUCUUCCUGAUAGGGACUGGGCAGCUUCGGCUAGAGGAGGACGGAAUGCCAGAAGAGGUUCGAAGGCGGGCUCGAAAGGUCACGACAAGCGAGGCAAAGACAAGGCAGCUAAAAAUGUGCUCGUGAUGAGCAGCAAAGCAAAAGGCAAAGAUCGAUUAACUGGGAGGGCCAGGAGAUGGCAGGAUAAUGACGAUGAAGAGAAUACACAGACUGCUGACACAACACUGGAGGAAUUCCUUGAAGAACUCGAUGCUCUAACAGAUGCUAACGAAGGGAAUCUGAAAGAUCAAGACUCAAAAGCAAAGCCAGAUCCCUUAAGUGCACCUGAAGAUUUUGAUAGCUUGAAAGAGGAUAAAGUUACUCAGAGGAAAGCAGCAACCUCACCCCCACGAGGACUAGAGAAGAAAGUACGUUUCUCAGAGGAACUCAUCCAGAGGGCUCCUGCUAAGCAAACUACGACCUCUUUACAUUCUGCAGCUCCAGAAACUAAAGGCUCUCUGAAAGCCUCCUCACCAAAACACAGUGAGGUGCAGAGGCCACCGUUGGCUUGUGGAAGUGCAGAGCAGGAUGAUAGUAGUUCCCAGGAUAAAGGAGGGGGUCUUCCUUCUCCUCCUGUUGCCCAGCAGCGGGCAUCUAAAACUGAAAAUGUUACAAAAGACACCAGCAGCCCUGAAGUUUCCAGCGUUACUUCUGGUGAAAAAACCAGCACCUCUCCACAUGAGAGCCCUGUCCAGCCUGUAGAGGUGUCCAAGUGCAACAGCAGCAGUACGAACACAGAUUCAGGAGAGUCACACCCAGCACACUCCACCAGCAAUGACAAGGCGAGAGAGCACGGGAAGGUUGUUUGACAUUUUUGGAGCAUCAAUCCUGAAACCAAAUCGCUGCAUUUUGGAAGCUUUUUUGCUUCAGUGGCCUCCAAGCUAAAAACCAACCUUUCUUCCAUUUCGCAGCGGCGAGACCCUCCUACUGAAUCUAAUUUCUGACACCAGAUUGGGAAGUGUUAUUGAGCAUUUCAAAUAUUUUUACAUCUAAGCACUUUAUGAGUGUACAGGACUGUUUACUGAGACAUUCUUCAGUAUGUUAGUAAGCUGCUCGAGUGCAAUAUCUUUGAAUGUUUACAUUUGUAUGACGAGUUAAAGGUACAUAUCUGGAGGCUAGCUAGUCAGUUUAACUUAGGUAGUCUUUGACAGUAAAUUAAGCCACAGUGAAAUAAUAGUGCCUGGUUUAGCCUUGGGAAUUAUUUUGACUAAAAUAUUAUUUAACUUCAGACACAAAACAGAGUCUUAAUUUCUACGUUCAGUAACUGAUUGGAUGUUAUUUGUUGGCUCUUUUCAGAACAAAACCUACAACUCUCAGUGCGUCUGCAAAGUGACCUGGUUUUACAGUUUUCUGAUGAGAAUGUUUCACCUAGAAAACUUGAAAAUGGGACUUGGUGGUUAUCAAAAAAAGGUUUCUUUUGUGCUAGCUUGAGAUUUCUAGCCUAGGGCUAGAAAACAAACAAACAAAAAACAAAAACAAAAAAAAAAACAGGAUUACCAAACUGACUCUCCCAACAUGGCAGCUUUAUAGGAACAGCUAUAUUCUUGAAAUGAGGUCCUAGUAAAAAUGUUGUAAGCAGUUAAUGUUAGGCUACCUAGCAUGGCACUGAGCAUCUUCAUUUGGCAUAAAUCUAGAUGAGGCAGUCCAGGAGACCGAAGGUAACAGCUUGUUCAAGAGGUAGCCAGUAGCGACUCCUAAUAAAGGCUUCUUGGAAGUUGCCCAGGGCAGGAUUUGCUAAAUAACAGUGAUUUAUCUGUCGCCCCAUGUUUACUGUUGAGAAACUGAAGCGUAUUUUAUGUGUCUAAAGCAAAGCAUUUUUUCCACACCCCAAAUUUUACUGAUUUUAAUGAGAGUGGCGAACCCCACAGCCUACUUCCACUUGUGUUUUAUGUUUAAGUGGGAAUGUCAGGACUAUAUGUCAAUGAACAUUUGAAAUGUUUGCAUUGGGUGAUUUAUUUUUUUCAUAAAGAAGCCAAGCAGUUACUUUUAUUGGAAACUGGAAUAGGAAAUGGAUGAAUAUGUAAAGUAACUGAGAGAAGCUAUCUGAUAUAAAAGUAAUGGAGUGACUAAAUCAAUUAAAUAGCAUGCACAGACUUGGAAUCCCCCUCCACUCCCAUCUCUUUGUGUAGCUGGAAAGCGAGUGAUGUCGGGGUGUGGAGGAAAAACAAGACGAAACAUUGCUAAAAACUAAAUGAUGCAAAAUGUAUCAUGUAUAAUACCAAAAGUAAUUACAGGCUCAUUCAGUUUUAUUAGACUGGACAGAACAUUUUGAUUCUGUGUAUUGUUUUUCUUCUUGACAUCUUUUGGACUGGCCCAGCGUCUAAAGCUCUGGGAGCCUACUGCUUCCAGGGUUGAAGACCUCAGCGGACAUGGAGCCAUGUCCAUUUUCAUAGCCAGUAAG